AGGAGAGGAGACUCCUAGGAUGCCUCUGAAUACAGACGCUCAAAGUGCGAAGUGACUAGAUGGGAGCCAAGGCGGAAAACGAGGGAAUGGGAGAUAAAGUGGCCUCGUGAAUAGGAAUGCCUGCCCAAAUAUCAGAAUUGGAGAUCAUGGAUGAAGAUCAAUUAAUUGAAGAAGUCUUGGAUAAGUUUGUUAAUUGCCAUGAACAAACGUACGAAGAAUUUCUGAGUACUUUUACUCAUCUUUCAAAAGAGGAUAAUGUGGCCACAAGAGGAGCAUUUGAAACCGAUUCUUCAGAAAACAUAUUUCCUUCAAUAAAAUUUCCUCGUGAAAAUGAACCAAGUGAUCAUCAUCUUAGAAAUAAAGCCAUCUUUCUUCGUACUUCAUCACAAUGUUCAGAAGAGGAACAGAUAGUGAUAGAUGAAGGCCAAAAAGUUGGCAGUUCCUUUCAAGGUGAUCUGAAUCGGGCAGGAAAGGUGAAGGUGGACAAUUUCCUAGAUUUAGAAGAUUUGGAUGUGGAUGAAGAGACUCAGCCCCAAAAGAGCAAGGAUUCGCUGCUGCUUCCAGGUGAAGUGGAGGAGGACGUCUGUACGCGUGUCCCUUCUUACAUUCCUUCUGUGGCCCAGCCCUUCGCCCGUGGGUUCAGGCUGGGGCCUGCUGUGAGAGGAGCAGACAAACAAACGGAAGAGACACUCGGAGAUGAAGUUCAGCCCUUCUCACUUGAUGAAGAAUUUGAUUAUGACGCUGUGACGCUAACUCCCAAGUUCACUCCUGCAGAGAUAGAUGCGAUCACAGAACUAUCCAAGCAAAAGAGAGAGAUCACCAACACAGACUUAGAGGAACCCCACAGUUGAUUCACCGAGACAUCUUGGUGUUAAUGUUUAUUUUGUUGUUACGCAAGCAACAUUAGAAUAAAAGGUAAACCUACUAUAAUUCCCUUUGUCGAAAUUUACUUGUGCAUUAAUUGAUCAGAGUUAUUUGUCAAGAGGGAGAUGUAAGUAACAAGACCAAAGAGAUCUGUACACUUAUAGGAUUCUCCGCUGUCUUAUGUUGCGGAAUCCCAUGGCAGGCGAGGGGAGAUCGAGGUGGCAAAUGGGGAUAGGAAGCAACAGCUACAGAAGGUCCAUUUAAAAAAAAAAAUUUUUUUUUAAAUCUGAGUAUAGUUGACACAAAAUG